GGUCCACCUACACCAUCGACGAGGAACCAGUCAAAACAUGUAUUGCAACAUUUCGUGAUGCUGGUAAAAGUUUAAAGAUUUAAAUAAAUCAAGAAAAUCCAGUAUGAGUAAAUGGCGGAAUAUCUGUAAUUAAAGAUGAUUUUAAAGGUGUAACAAGUUAGAGAAGAACUCAACAUGGAAGCUCCAGCUGUCAUUAAAACUGAGGUUACAACUCCGGCAGAGAAAACACCAGUGCCCAAAUACAAAGAGAGUGGAACAAGUAGUACCAGCACACAAUCAACAGUGAAGAAGACAACUAAAAGUAAAACCAAGCCUCUGUACUUCUGGACGUGUGCAGAUGUAAACAAAUGGCUCAAGAAGCACUGCAGCCAGUUUCAUGGCAUUUAUGGAGAUCUCCUUCUACAGCAGGAAGUCACCGGAAGAACACUGAUUCGAAUGAAUGAAAUUAAAUUGGAGAGAAUAGGAAUAGCUAAAGCUGAACAUAGGAAUGAAUUUAUGCAGUACAUUUUACGCCUUAGACUUCGACAUGAGACUGGAGAUUUAAAGAAUUUAGACCAAAAAGAAAGGCAAACAACCAAGUACAUAGAACGCUAUGUUUCAGGAACUGGUUUUGAAUUGAAGCUACCAGAGAAAUCCCGAAAUGCCAAAGAGAUGAAGGAGAAGCAGCCUCCGUAGCAGCCUCAGUGGACAUGUGAUGUAGUGUAGGGAUCUCUUCAAAUGGCUUCAUAAUCCUCCCCUAGCAAAGUUUGGGGGAAUACUGGAAUGAUCAGGAUGUCAACCAGACACUUUGUAUAAAUAGUUAUAUUAACAAAAGUAGCUAUGAUCUUAAUUUGACAAAUUUUGUGGGAGUUAUGCCCCUUCUUUGAUGGUCACCUCUCUCUUGAAACACAGUACACAUGCUCAGUAGAAUCAGUACCCAAGGUUAUUGUAUGUUUUGCCAUUUAUAUUUCAUUUUAAUGGAUUUCGUGGGAGUUAUGCCCCUUUAAGGAUAUUGGGUGUUAUGCUUCCUUCAAAGAUUGCACAGGAGUUAUUUCCCUUUAAGGUUUCCAUAAACAAAGGCUUAUGUGGAAUUGGGAGAUAAGUUACAGCUAACAUUUCUAGUUCUAACUUAAAGUUGUUAAAUUUGAAUCAAGAUAAUGUUCCUCAAAGAAUGCUUGCUGGAUAAUUGGAGCUGGAUUAACGAGGCUGCACAAUGGAUAUUAGCGGUGGCUGAAAUAAUGAGGCUGCACCAUGUACAACAGGAUUAAUGACAGCAGGAUUAACAAGGCUGGACAAUGGACAACAGGAUUAAUGACAGCAGGAUUAACAAGGCUGGACAAUGGACAACAGUAUUAGUGGUGGCUGGAAUAAGGAGGCUGGUCAAUUGACAACAGGAUUUGUGGUAGAUGGAUUAACAAGGCUGGACAAUGGACAACAGGAUUUGUGGUGGCUGGAUUAACAUGGCUGGACAAUGUACAACAGGAUUAGUGGUGGCUAAACUAAUGAGGCUGGUCAAUGGACAACAGGAUUGGUCGUGGCUGGAUUAACAAGACUGGACAGUGGUUAGCAGGAUUACAAUGGUGGCUGGACCGUGAGGCUGCACAAUGGACAACAGGAUUAGAGGUGGCUUUAUUAUCGAGAUUUCAAACCAUUGUCAUCUCGUUGACAGAUAUUGUCUUUAUGAUGUUACAUUGUUUUUUUUAAUACCAGAGAUGCUUUUGUGAUUUGAAAUGAAAGUGACUGUGAGUUUGUGAGCACUGUAGAUGGUUAUUGAAAGUGAGUUUCGACAAUAUACCAGUAGUGUAUUUAGUAAUUUUAGUUUCAGAGGGAACUUCUCUCUAUAGAGAGUGAGCCAAGACUUCCAAAACUAGAAUUUCUAUAAAUAGAUCUUAUGAUGUGGCAUUACAUUGAGCAAAUGAAAUGAUGUGUCAUGGGUGACAGAAUCUGUUUUAACCAUAGAAUGAAAAAUAUUGUUUUAUAUAGAAGCAAUGGUACAUUAAUAUUGUUUGUUUGUGCAAUAGUCUAGAAUACACUUAUAUAUGAGUUAUUUUUUUCUGAACAUAUUUUUAUUCCACGAAAAGGUCUGAUUGUUGAUAAAUCUGUAAAACACAAUGUAUUUAUGACCCAAUGGCCAUGAGACACAAUUAUGUGAAAUCCAUUAUUUUAUACUUUUUAUCAAGAAACUUAUGUGAAAAUACAACAAUAGCACCAGUUCUACAUUGUACAUUACAUAAACAGUAGUUUGUCUAUAACAAUGGUUCUUUGUAUUUAUUUAUUUCCAUACAAUAAAUGCAGGGCUGCCUUUCAGUUUCUGUAGUUUAUCUGGUGUAUUGGACAAUUCAACCUCUGAUCGCUUAGCAUAAUAUACGUCGAUAAUUUAUUUUUAGACCACAUGAUAUAGAUCUCGAGUUAAAAGUACUACUUUGAGUGACCUUCAUAUGCCCGCCAUAUGACCUUGACUGAUACAAGGAUGUUAAGAAAUCUUCUGAAUGUAAGUCUUAUUACAUUAAUUACCAAGUAAGCAAAUAUUUGUGCUUGAUAGAUAUUUUAUAAAUAUGUACUGGUUACAAUUUUGGCAGGAUUUUCACACAGACACAUUCUUCAUCUCUUGUUAGUUUUUAGGUAACAUAAUCUUGAAUUGGAAUUUUUUUUCCUGUUUUGAUUUUGUCUUUUUCACAAUAACCAUUAUUUCGGGUGGAACUACAACCCCAAUUAAGUAUAUUGGUAUCAGUGGAUAUGAAAUAAUUCCUAAGUGAAAUGUUAAUCAAUUAUAUAUAUAGUAUAUGUUUAUAAAAUGGUUUUCUAAGGCACCUACAGCCGAAUAUUUAUAUAUUAGAUUUUAAUGUGUAUGUCUGAAGUCAGGACUUGGUGUUGAUUGAUGACAGGACGAUCCAUGCUACACUUAAGAGACCGGAAGUUAAGAUUUUCUGUACAUUUUGUAUCAUUUGUUAACUGUGGAGUCCAAUAAACUAUUAAGAUCUGAAAA